AUGGAAUUAUUCAAAGCUUUAAGUCUAUUUAAUCGAGGAAAAUAUGAAGAAUGUGCAACAAUAUGUACAAAUUUAUUAAGAAAAGAUCCUCUUGAUCAGGCUGUAUGGGUGCUAAAAAUGCGUGCUUUAACAUUACAAGUAUACGUAGAUGAUAUAGAAGGAGAAGAAGAAGGGAUAGCUGAAAGUCUAUUAGACAAUUAUACAAUAUCUGCUAUGCCUAGACCAGGAACAUCUUUAAAAAAUCCUGGUACUUCUUACACUGGUCAAUCUCUUCGACCCAAAACACAAUCAGGUAGACCACUCACAGGUGUUGUACGACCAGCUACUCAAUCUGCUAUGUCACAAUCAAUUGAACAAACUCUAAGAACACCCAGAACUGCUAUGACAGCUAGACCAAUUACUGCAAGUUCUAGCCGUAAUGUUAGAUUAGGUACAGCAUCCAUGUUAACAGAACCUGGAGGACCUUUUAUACAACUAUCACGAUUGAAUAUUUCUAAAUAUGCUAGUCAAUCAAGUAUUGCUAAACCACUAUUUGAGUACAUAUAUUAUCAUGAGCAUGAUGUAAGAUAUGCAUUGGAUUUGGCUGUUCAAGCCACACAGGUUUGUCAGUAUAAAGAUUGGUGGUGGAAAGUACAACUUGGAAAAUGUUAUUAUACUUUAGGAUUGGUAAGAGAUGCUGAGCAACAAUUUAAAUCAGCACUGAAAGAUUGUAAAACUAUAGAAGUCGUCUUGAGACUGGUUAGAGUUUAUAUUAGAAUUGAUCAACCAUUGGCAGCUUUGGAUGCAUGUAAGAAAGGUCUUGAAUAUUUUCCCAAUGAUGUAAGUAUCCUUACUGAAAUGGGACGUAUAUUCAAUGGCCUAAAUAAUACGAGCAUGUCGUUGAAAUAUUAUAAAAUCAUUGCUCAAGAGGAUGCUUCUCAUACAGAAGCAAUAGCUAGUAUUGGAAUGCAUCAUUUUUAUAAUGAUCAACCAGAAUUGGCAUUGCGGUAUUAUAGACGAUUAUUACAAAUGGGUGUAUACAACACUGAAUUAUUUAACAAUCUUGGACUAUGCUGUUUUUACGCGCAACAAUUUGAUCACGUUAUAUCUUGUUUUGAAAGAGCAAUCAGUCUUUCCACAGAUGAAAAUAUAGCAGAUGUGUGGUAUAACAUUUCUCACAUUGCUCUUACUGUAGGCGAUAUGACAAUGGCGGAAGAAUGUUUGAAACUAGCUAUUGUUAGUGAUAAUAAGCAUGCCUUAGCAUACAAUAAUCUCGGAGUCAUACAAAUACGAAAUGGAAAUGUAACAGCGGCAAGAACAUAUUUUCAUGCUGCUGCUAAUAUUGCUAAUUUUAUUUAUGAACCUCAUUUUAACAGUGCUUAUUUAGCUUAUGAGGUUGGAGAUCUUCAAACAAGUUACAUAGCUGUUCAAAAAUCUUUGAGUGCACAUCCUAAUCACUGUGAUAGCAAAACACUUUUGAACAAAUUAGAAAGGUACUUCUCGCACAUGUAA